CAGGAUGGGGGCAAGCCCUGCGGCUGCUCUCCCCGCGGUCCGCCACUAGCCUGGCCAGCAAAAGGAGCUCUUUGUUCAUCCGGAAUCGUGGAAGGGAAGAACCUGCCCGCCAAAGACAUUACAGGCAGCAGUGACCCUUACUGUAUUGUGAAAAUCGACAAUGAAGCCAUUAUUAGGACUGCAACCAUGUGGAAAACCCUCUUUCCUUUCUGGGGCGAGGAGUACGACGUCCACCUCCCUCCCACUUUCCACUGCGUGUCCUUCUACGUGAUGGACGAAGACGCGCUAAGCCGGGAUGACGUUAUUGGGAAGGUCCACCUCACACAAAGUCUCUUGGCUGAACAUCCCAAAGGCUACAGCGGUUGGCUGAACCUCACCGAAAUUGAUCCAGAUGAAGAGGUCCAAGGGGAAAUCCACCUCCAGAUGGAAAUUGUUAGCAGCAGGGCUGGGAGGAAACUCCGCUGCACUGUGUUUGAUGCCAGGGAUUUGGCUCGGAAAGACCGCAACGGAGCCUCCGAUCCCUUUGUCAGAGUCCGCUAUAACGGCAAGAUUCAGGAAACAUCGGUGAUCAAAAAAUCUUGCUACCCGAGAUGGAACGAGACGUUUGAGUUCGACUUGGAAGAACCAGCCGUGGAGAAGCUCUGCGUCGUUGAAGUCUGGGACUGGGACCUCGUCAGCAGGAAUGAUUUUCUGGGGAAGGUGGUGUUCAAUGUACAAGGGUUAGAGAACGUCCAGCGGGAAGAAGGAUGGUUUUUGCUCCGUCCGGACAGGUCCAAGCCAAGAUUAGCUGAAGGCAACCUGGGUUCCUUGCACCUUCAGGUACAGCUCCGGGACGAAAUGGUGCUCCCAUCACUUCACUACCAACCUCUUGUCGAGUUGUUGUGCCACAAAGUCAAAGCGGGUGCAAAGGAUGGAAAAGUGCAUUUAUUGACCCUGAUCGACGAGACGACGACCGCCGAGUGCAGACAAGAAGUUGCCGUCAACCUUGUCAAGCUCUUCUUGGGUCAAGGGCUGGCCAAAGAGUUCUUGGAUCUCCUUUUCAAGAUGGAAUUGGAUAAAACAUGCGAGGCAAGCACCUUGUUUCGCAGCAACUCUCUGGCUUCCAAGUCGAUGGAGUCUUUUCUGAAGGUGGCAGGGAUGCAGUACCUCCAUCGAGUACUUGGGCCGACCAUUAACCGUGUCUUUGAAGAGAAGAGGUACAUCGAACUCGAUCCCAGCAAAGUGGAGAGCAAAGAUGUUGGCUUCUCCCUGACCAGCGAGGCCCUCACCUACUCCAAGAUACCCAACUCCAAGAAAAGCUCCUUCAUUUUGUUGGCCAACAUUCUGGCGGCGGAGAAGGUGGAGGAGAAGAGCUUCGGCAACUCCAACGUCAUGCAGAUCAUCUACGCCAAUGAAGCCGGGCAGGCGGACACAGCAUACCUGCAGUGCAAGUGCGUCAAUGAGCUGAACCAGUGGUUAUCGGCCUUGCGGAAGGGGUGCGUGAACAACACCGGGAUGUUGUGCUCUUAUCACCCCGGCGUCUUCCGAGGCGACAAAUGGAGCUGCUGUCACCAAAAGGACAAAACAGACCUCGGCUGCGACAAAACCCGCCACGGCGUCACCCUUCGGGAAUGGAAUGACCCCUUGGAUCCCGACUUGGAAGCUCACUUGAUAUUCCGGCACCUGGUUGGAGCGCAAGAGCGGAUGAGGGAAAAGUACAUGGAACUGCUGUCUCUGGAGAACGGUGAAAGCCUCAUUCAAGCCAAAGCGAAGACCCCGAAAACGUCGACGGCCCCUGUAAGCUUUUCCAGGUCUUACGGGAACUGGAAGAAAUACACUCUCGGGAACUCGCUCGGUCGAGCAGUUUGGCCAGCCAGGACCGAAAUUGCUUGGUGGAACUGCAGACGUGAUUCUGGUCCGAACCGCUUUUCUCAAACCGGGCCCAUCCUGGUCGCGCUCGAGCCAAAAUACGACCAAACUCCUCCUGGGAUUUUGGGAACUCUUCUGGGACCAUGAUGUCUUUGCCAGCUGAGAAGGAAUGGGAUCGGGGAGCUGGACUUUUCAAGGAGGAUGUGGACUUGUUUCCGGUUUUGGACACUAUGACGGGUCCUUCGCACUCGGAGAAAGAAAUGGCAACCAAUUGAGAAAGCCUUGGACUUUCUCCUUCACCUGUUGGUUCUGCUGAGGUUUUUCAAUAACCCAUACUUUAAGAGCUCAAUGUGGAGCAUGGCACAUUUAUUUCCCUGACUAGUACAUGUGCUUCUUUAGAAGAUUGGACUUCUCCAAAAAGGGAUUAAGUUUCUAGACUUCAUGGUGAACAGAUGCUUUCAGAUACACAGUUUUACUGUGGUUUGGUGCUUAUGUGAAGUCCCUAUAUCUUCUCUCUAUAUAUAUUUCCCCACUUAUUUCCGCACAUAACUCUAUGGAUCAGGAUAAGCACACUUCUAUAGGUGCUAGGAAGCGACAAAUCCCCAGCCAUGGAUGCAUUUUAGGGUAGAAAAGCCCUAAAUUUCAGUCGAGAUGGUGAUCUGGGUGUAACUAGAGAGGCCAGGGAAAGUAAGAGAAGCAUAGUAUUUGUAAAUACGUUCUGGCAUAGCCACAGUAGCUCGAGUUUAUUCAAAAUAGUGUCUAUUAUUAAUCUUACAUUAAUGGUGUAAGAAUGCAAAGGUAUAGCUGUGUCAGUCUAUAGAAUCACUAUGUAGAGAGAGCUUGUAGCACCUUUUGAGUCUAACAGAAAGAAAGAAGUUGGCAGCAUGAGCUUUCCUAGAAUUCAGUCUACUUCUUCAGAUGCAUUAAUGGUGUAAAGCAGUGCUUCUCUGGCUAUCUGGCGUGGAGGGAAACCAUGCGCCAGGGACUGGCACCACAUUUUUGCCCUUUGGCUAUAGUUAUCUUUCUUUCCUGGAAACCUACCGCGAAGAUGGGUAGGACUGGUAUCAAAGGCCUUAAGGACAGGACAAGACCAGUGAGAUCUGUGGCUGGUUACGUUGCCAGGUCAGUAGCAUCCCACUCGCUGAAAUCACCUGAAAGCAAGGGGAGGGGAGAAACCAUAG